AAUCGUUUUCGCAGAAAGUGGUGACUUGGCUCCUAGACUCUGUAAACGCCGGUCGCAGUGUCUUCUCCAGUACUGAGCAUCAGAUAAAAUAUCCAAAGAAUUAAAGGCUAUCUAACCAAUAAUUGAAGCAGCUGAGAUAUAAAACCAGCAGAAAAUAAAACGUGCGAUUUUGAGACUUGUUAGAAGGUUGAAAGUCGGUUUCUCCAGCGAACCACGCAGGAAGAUUAUUUAUUCCCAACAAAUUCCAUCGUUCAAGUUUAGUAGUAAAAUAGUUUUAGUAAAAAAAAACAACAAAUUGUUUUCCAGUUUUUUCUACCCGGAUAAAAAAGGUGAUUUUUAAGUUUUCCAUCAGAAACAACACAUUGGUCGAAUCCUACGCAAACCCGAAAAGUGAAAAUCUAGUGGUGAUUCAUCGGGCUCGGACUCAUUGCAGUUGGUUGAAUAAAAGCAGAAAUUUUGUGCCCGAAAGGAAAAUUUUCAUUGAUCUGUCUGUGUGUCGAAAGCAAAAAGAACGACCAAGAGUUCCUUCGGGGAAUAAAGAAGAAGUAACAGCAGUGGAAAAAAAAGUUUCCUUCUUGCUCGUAGUAGUCCGGUUUCGAUGGAAAACUGAGGUGUUCCCGAGCGAGAGCACGCAUUUGUGUGAGGUUCGGUAUUGGGAGCGAUAGAGAGAAAGAGAGCGAGUAAGAGUGAAGCUUUACAGAAGGACAUACGGGAACAAUACAGAACAGAUUCCAGAUUUCCAAUUUUCUACCAGUUUUCCGCAGACCGACGGAGAGUUCAACUGAGCGAAAGAGAAGGAUAAGAGUUAAAGUUGGAAAUCGAAGGCACGAGGCUAGUGUGUUAGUGUUCGCCACUACUUCUGACAGGUCCUGUAGAAACUUUUCGUGCGACGGGUGCGGCCAUAGAUUGUAUCCGCUUUCACCAAUACCAGUCGAUCGACCGAAGGAUCUGACGUGUGACAAUUUCGGUGAAAAGUUUCGAUCAGACAGUCUACGGUAAAUUGUUCUGAAGUAGAAUCGUUCGAGCCAAUCUAGUGCCGGCUAUUCUAUUGUUAGGAAAGUGAUUUGAUCUUACUUGCAACCGCAAAGGUAUCUGUCAAACUGUCUAAUCUAUCUACCAGCGAGAUGUCGGGGGAUCAAAGCGGUCCCGUUGAGUUGAAUGGUACCGGAGGUGCACCAGGUGGUGGCAGUGGUAGCAACGGCGUCCACGUAGACGGUACCAUGAAUGGUGGCGGUACCAUCAGCCCUGGGGGCGGAGGGGGCAGUGAUGCUGGCGGUGCCGGUGGUCAGAACGCAGCGGACACUGGCUGCUCGGAUGGACCGUCCAGCAUCAUCGGCGUUGGCCCACCGAGUCCACUGACCGGGUGCUAUCUGCUUAUCGUCAUUGGCGAGCCACACUCUCAGGACCACAAGGAUAUCAUUCUGCAGCGACUUGUCAAAGGGUUCCUGUCAUGGGACGUGUUGGAUUGUCACGUCGACCUGGAGGAGGAGCUGCACGCCAUUACGCUGCAGGCGCUCGAGGGCGAGGAAGGCAAGCACGGUGAACGGCUGAUCCAGUAUGCGAGCGAGAAUCUCGUCACGGAGAUCCUGAUCCAUCCGCAGAUCAACACCUUUAUCCAGUGCAUACGGAAUCUGCUGAGCAGCUUCACCCGACAUCGGCACAUCAUCCAUACCGGGUACACCUUUGCCGCCAACGGUUCCUGGGUACUGCAGGAUGGAACCUUCUCGGUCAUUGACUUCAUGGAGGCAUUCCAGGAGCACGAAGUGCAACGGGUUCUGCGUGCCUAUCCGGACACAAUCACGAUGGAUAUCCACUGUGCUCCGGUCGGCAACUGGGCCUCGAUCCAGGACAAGACCUUUGCCCGGCUCUGCCGCAUCCGGCUCAAUCCGGUCGAUGUGCUGAGUUCGGGCAGUGACAAGUUGAGCGCGUUCGUGGACUACCUGGCAACGAUGAUCGUACCGACGGAAAUAUCGGAAUUACUGGAAAGCUCGGACGUGGUCGGAAACAUCCGCUUCAGUCAUCCGACGCUGUAUGUUUUUCCUGGAGGGCAAGGCGAUGCAGCACUUUUCGGAAUCAAUGGGUUCAACAUGCUAGUCGACGGCGGUUUCAGUCGAAAGUCUUGCUUCUGGGAUUUCGUUCGCCAUCUAGACCGUUUGGAUGCAGUGUUGAUGACACGCAUCAACAACACCAAUAUCAAGGGAAUUUCGGCAGUAGUCGAACGCAAGAAUGAAGCCCAUGUGUAUCCUCAAAUUGGUCAUUUCUUCUGUAAUAUUCCCGAACGUAAAGGCCUCUUGAGUCCGGAUGGAGACAAGGACCGAGAUCCGCUGCUAGUGGAUCUGAUUGAAGAAGGUCACCAGAUCGUCACUAACCUCAAAUCGUUGAAUUUGAAAGCACAAAAUUGCUAUCGUGAUACGGAGCCCAUCAAUCUGUACCAUAAAGUUGGACACGGUACCCUUGACAUGUACGUAAUCAGUCCAGCAAAGGAUUCCAAGGAGGUUAAAGAAUUUCUCGCCAAGUGGAUAGCUGCUGAUCCCAAAUUGUUCACUCCGAAUAAUUCCAAAGAGUUUACAUUUCCUGUUCAAAAUAUUAUUUCAAUCUGUGCCCUGCUAGUGUGGACUCCUGCCAAUCCGGAAGACAACAUCACUAGAAUACUCUUCCCGGGGUCCGCUCCCGAGUACAAAAUUCUCGAAGGACUGGAAAAAAUGAAAAACGUCGAAUUCAUGCGCCAUCCUGUAUGUGCCGUCAAGUCGAUCGCUCCUAGUAUUUCGACGCAAGUUUUUACCAAGAAAGCUCUGAAAUCAUCCUCCAUCGAUAAGAUCAUUCCCGAGCCAAUCCUUCCGUCCAAGAUAAUUAAACCAUCUGAGAAGGAUAAUAAACUUCUAGACAACAAAAUAAAAAUGAUCGACAACAAACUAGCUGAUGCUACCAAGAGUUCCUCGGAAAUCAUAGACAGCUCAGGGGACGAAGCCAAACUAGAGAAACAUAUGACCAAAUCAUCAGUGGCUACUGUCGCUGCAGUGAAAGUGGACGCGGGCAAACUGAAAACGAUUAAGACGAAAGCAACCGAAUCAGCCAAAAAACAGGACAACAAAACGUUUGAAACUAGCAAAAAGCUUGAACCAGACGAGAAGAAAGACUCAUCUGAUGCUGGAUCCGAGAAAGAUGAAACCGAUAAGAAACCAGAAGAAGACAAAGAAACGAAAGAAGAUGAAUCCAAGGAGAGCAAAAAACAAGAAUCACCUUCGAUCAAAGAUGAAACCAAAGCAAUCAAGAAAAUCAGUGAACGCGCUAGUCGACCGGCAGUCGGCCGUUCACGAAUUGACUCCAAGCCCUCUAAAGUUACAAAAACUAUCAAGAAAAAGGACGAUACCAGUAAAUCGUCUCCAACCACACCGAAAAAGACAAUUGAACCCAAACUCACCAAUGGAGUAGCCGAGAAGAAAGACGAUGAAACGAAGAAACUCGGCGGACCUCCGAAAACAACAAAACCGAUUAGUACUAAACCGGGCAAAGUGAGUCCUAAAAGCACACCGGCCAAGAGUGCCAAGGAUGCCAAUAACCGCAAGGUACUGGAAGCUCGUCAGCGUCCGUUAACGAAAACUGUGCCCAAAAAGGAAUCUCCAGCUGCCCCGGAAAAGAAGGAGUCACCGCCCAAAAUUGAACGUAAACCUCUAUCCCGUCGUCCCAAGGGAACCACAGCCGGUCACGCCGUAGGCGGAAGUCCCGUGAAAGCCAAAAAAGUUCUGAAAUCCGAAAAGGAUGCUGUCAUUCGAAAAGCGAAACUUGAUAAAAAUGGCACCACUGAUUCCAGUCUGGUUUCCACUCCGAGUGCAGAUGAAGCAGGAGUCGCUGUUCAGAAACGCAUCAUCGAUACAUCGGGGGCAGUGUCUACUGUUGGGGAUGAUUCCGGCAGUGGAAUUGAUCCUGCUCAGCAACAACACCUUGCAGAACUGAAGGAAGAACAGGACGCAGUUCGUGAAAUAGAAGCUGUGUUCAAGCGCGACUCCGAGAAAGUAACACGACGUGAGCUGCUCUCGGAACAUCGGGAGAUACAGGAUAGCACUACAGAACCAGAAGAGGAGGAAGAGUACUUGAUCAUUGAGAAAGAAGAGCAGUACACAGAAGACUCGAUAAAUGAACCGGAAAGCAGUGCGACCAAAGAGGAAGAAAUUCAGAAACACCAGAGAGAUUCGGAAGAAUCGGAGAAACGAAAACGUGAUAGUCUGGAAGGAACCGAGAAAGCGGAUAUCGCAAAGGCUGAAGGAGAAACUGCUACAGUGGUAGAAAUCAUCGAAGGCGACAAGGACGAGAUCGAAGAAGAAGCAAAGCCAGAAGAUGAGGAAACCAACGUUGAUAAGGAAACCAUUGAAGAGGUUAAGGAACAAGACGAAGGAGCAGAGAAGCUUUCGCCGAAACACAAGCAAGAGUUAGCAGAAGAGGUUCAAGAUAUUAUUGCAUCUGCAAAAGAAAUCGCCAAAUCCAAAAUGGAAACUUCUAUGGAUGGACUAAAAACAGAAGAAAUUUCAUCAAUAAGCCCUGACGAGAAAAUAAGCAGCACCAAGAAAACGAGUGACACUCGUGAUGAGAACGAACCGGGUGUUGCACCGAAAGAACAUAUCGAACCUCCACACGAGAGUCACCACGAGGAACGAGUUUCAGCAACGGGAGAAUCUGGUGCAACGACUACAGCCCCUACGCUUCCUGAAGACGAACGUAUUCCGUUGGAUGAGAUCAAGGAAGAUCUGGUGAUUGAAGAGAAGCAUAUUAAGGAGGAAACCAAGGAAGUGGAGGUGGUUCCCCCUCCCCCAACUGUUUACGAACCAUUGGAAAGGCCUACACCAGCAAAGAUGCAAUUCAGUGCACAGCAAGCUCACAUGAGAGACGUUGUCAAGACACCAGACGAGGUCGCUGAUUUGCCAAUGCACGAGGAAGCUGAUUUCGAAGAAUAUAGCGAAGAUAAGGACAAAGAAGCUGAGAAGGAACGUGACAUUAAAGAAAAACCACAAGUUGCGGAAUCGGCACAAAAGGAGACUGAAGAGAAGAAACCCGAAAAGACUGAAAAGGUAGUUACUGAUAAAUCGGCCGAAAGUGAUAAACAAUGUGAUACGGUGAAAGAUGUUAAGGAAGAAGUUCAAGAAAUUGUUGCAAAGGUGGAGAAAGACAUCAAAGUGGAAAGUCCUCCCAAACAGGAAACACUAUCUACGUCGACUAAGGACAAGAUUGAUGAGGUCGAUGUACUGAAAGACCUAGAAUCGCAAAUAAUACCCAAAGAAGCCGAGGUCAAGGAGAAGGAAGAGCCUGCUAAGUCCCCAGAUACUAUGCCGGAGGCCGUAGAAACUUCCGACGAAGACCGGAAGUCUGUACACGAAGAAGAAAUUGUUCCAACAAAGGUUGAUUCUAAAAUUCCAAUUCCGGGCGAACCUUCAGUACUAGAUGCAAUAUGGGAGGCACCUGCCAAAGCAGAGGAAAAGUUGGAGGAGCUGAAGCAAAUCAUCGAUGAUAAAACGAAAGAAACUACUUCCAGCCUAGUUGCCAUGAAAGAUGAAAUGGUAAAAGAUCUAGUCGAAUUCAAAGAAGAUGUAAUCGAGAAAGCCAAAACAGAAAUCGUCGAUGUGGAUAAAAAGUUGGUGGGAUCGAUAACUGAUUUGGGGAAGGAUGCAGAAAAAGCUGUCUUGACUAAAGCUGAAGAAGUAGUGCAGGAGAUAGCAGCUAAGGGCACAACCGUCAGUAAUGAUUUACAAACCAAAGCUGAGCAAUUAGAUGACAAGAUUGCAGCUGAAGUCGAGUCUGUUAAGAAUGAAGUAGAUCAAGUUGUUACCAAAGCCGAUGACGUUCUGGCGAAAAUUGCUGAUGAGAAAAAGGAAUUAGAGAAGAUGGCAAAAGAUAUCACAGACGAAGUCACCGAGAAAAUAGAGGAAACGAAAAAACAAUUAGACGAUGAAAUCAACAAAACCGUGGAACUGGCACAGGAGAAAGCAAAAAGUGGAAUUAGCUCCUUCUUGGGAGGAAUUACCGAUGGACUGAAAUCAGGGAUUGAAAAAAUUGCCGAUAAGGUGGAAUCAAAAAUCAAAGAUAAAACCGAUCAAAUGGAGAGUAAAUUACAGGAGGUGACGGAUAAAAUCGAGGAACUGAAGGGUAAAGAAAUUUCUGCUGAGAUUGUCCCCGCAGCUGAGUCAGCGGAUAGUUUUGGACGCAGCUAUACACAGGAGCUUCGCGAAACUCAUAUCACAACUCUAGACUCUCCAAUCAGUGAUGCAGAUAAGCUUCAAGACAUUAAGACAAUAGUAAAUAUUCCGCAGCACAUUGACGAGGAUAAAGAAUUAACAGAGAUUGAAGAUUCCAAGCAAGCAGCUGGUUCCUACAUACUGGCAGAAGUGAAGUAUUCUAGUUUUGAGGAUGCCAACCUUCGUGACAUCAAGGAGGAGGAAGACGAAGAUCGUGAUACACCUCCACAGAAAGGCGAUAAAAAGUCGAUCACUCCGAAGCUAGAACCAGUUGUUCAACCUCCACGUGCAAGGACUCCGGAAGAUGUUGCAAAGAUUGUAGCAAAUGUCGCCGAAGUGCUAAAAUCAGACAAAGAUUUGGAAGAGAUAAUUCCGGGAUUUGAUCCGGUCGAAUUGGAAAGAAAACUAUCGCAAGGAGCUCCCCGAGACGAAGAUGUUGGUACGGUGCAACGAAUGUUGGUGACAACAAGCAGUGAAGAUGGUGGUGAAGAAAUUGACAUAUGUCCACCAGGUACAAUCACUUUCUCCAAAUCUCCAACACCGGAGCCACAAAUUUCUGGUAAAACUACUCCUGACAUCAGACUUGACGAACAGGCCGUUGAACAGAAAACUGUUACGGAAAAAACGGACAAACCUAAACUUCCUGAAGUACAGCAGCAAACAGAUAAGACAAGUCCGGCAUCCUCGGGAAAAUCCUCUCCGGAUCUUAAAACGUCACCAACAUCGAUCGAAGAGAAGGAGAAACAUGAACUGCCGGAAAAGGCAGUGGUAGUUGAUACCAAAAAAGCUCCCGAAAAAGAACUGGACAACCGCAAAGAAUCAUUGGCAGAGCAGUAUGACCUAAUCGACGAUUCGCGCCGAGAAUCUGCAAUUAGCAACUUCAGCGAGCGGGACUAUACGAAAGAUGAAAGCUCAUUCUUGGACGACCGAGAUUCGUCCCGAGCGCAUUCUAUUUCCAGUCACAUCAGCGAUAUCAAAGAAGAUGCAGCUGAUGCUAAACUGAUAACGGAUUUUCAGAAAGAUUUCGAUGAGGUGGGUAAACAGAAAGACGACGUAUUUGCUAAGAAAGUCGAAGAGUUAUCUAGUCCGGAAUCGGUUACUAGUCAGAAGACGAUUUCGGAAAAAGUGACGACAGAUGAGAAGAUUAAACCGGCCACAACUGAAACCGUGGACGAUGAGAAAAAAUCCCAGUUGGACGCGGUCAAAUUACAAGUUGAACCGGAAGCAAAAGAAAUUUCCCGUCCGGAAUCCGCCACUUCACAAGUGAGCGACAAAGCUUCCAGCGAGGAAAAACGACCAGAAUCUGCUAUUUCGCAUGUCAGUGACAAAGCUUUAACUGACAAGUCUGAGGAUAAACCAGAAAUCAAAGAAACAUCCCGACCAGAAUCCGUAGCUUCUCAUGUAAGCGAGAAAGCAGUUUCUGAAAAAUCAGAAGAUAAAGUUGCUCCCAAGGAAGCUUCUCGACCGGAGUCUGCUGCAUCUCACGUAAGCGAAAAAGCAGCUUCGGAGAAAACCGAAGAGAAAAUUGCCUCUAAGGAGGUUUCACGACCGGAGUCUGCCGUCUCAAAUGUAAGUGACAAAGCUUCAACGGAUAAGCCGGAAGAUAAACCAGAAGUCAAGGAAGUUUCUCGGCCGGAAUCCGUUGCAUCCCAUGCAAGUGAAAAGGCAGCUUCUGAAAAAUCCGACGACAAAGUUGCUUCCAAGGAGGCUUCUCGACCGGAGUCUGCUGCGUCUCAUGUGAGCGAAAAGGCACCUUCAGAGAAACCUGAUGAAAAAGUGGCCUCUAAGGAAGCUUCACGACCUGAUUCCGCUGUUUCUCAUGUGAGUGAUAAGGCUCCGACUGACAAGAUCGACGAUAAAUCAGCAUAUAAAGAGGCUUCUCGGCCUGAAUCUGCUGCUUCCCAUGUAAGUGAAAAGGCAGUUUCUGAAAAAUCUGAAGAAAAAGUAGCUUCCAAGGAGGCUUCUCGACCGGAGUCUGUUGCGUCCCACGUCAGUGACAAAACUUCGACUAGCAAGCCUGAAGAUAAACCCGAAGUCAAAGAGAUCUCACGGCCUGAGUCCGCCGCAUAUCAUGUGAGUGAAAAGCAAAGUUCUGAAAAAUCUGAAGAUAAAAUUGCUUCCCAGGAGGUUUCCCGACCCGAAUCUGCUGUUUCGGGAACGACUGACGACAAACUUAAUGUUAAAGAAUCUUCUAGGCCAGAAUCCGCGGCCUCAAACGUGAGUGAAAAGUCCCCAAUUGAAUCUUUGGAUAAACCUGCAGACAAAGAAGCCUCCAGACCAGAAUCCGUUGUUUCGCAUGGCAGCGGAAAGGCUGAAGCAAAGCCUGACAGUGGUGCAACUUCUCGACCGGAAUCCGCAGCUUCUCACGUAAGCGAGAAACCUUCGACUGACAAGGCCGAAAAUAUACUAGAAGUUACGGAAGUUUCUCGACCGGAGUCUGUAUCAUCUCAAGCCAGCGAAAAAGUGCUACCUGAUGACAAAUUUGACGCCAAAGAGAAAGCUGAAUCCGGGGAUAAAACCGUUUCCAAAGAAAUCUCUCGACCGGAGUCCGUUGCUUCUCACAUGAGCGAGAAAUCAGAAGAAAAAGUGAGUGCUAAGGAAACAUCUCGUCCGGAAUCCGUGGCAUCCCAUGUCAGUGAAAAAGCUUCUACAGGCGAACCAGCUGACAUCAAGGAGACCGCUCGACCUGAGUCCGUUGUUUCUCAUAUAAGUGAAAAGGCUCCUUCCGAUAAAACAGAGGAAAAAGCAGGUGCUACUGAUGGUUCUAGGCCAGAAUCUGCUGCAUCCCAUGGCAGUGGGAAAACUCCAACUGGCAAAUCCGAGGACAAAUCAACCAUUGAGAGUCAUUCGCGUCCAGAAUCUGCUACUUCACAUACAAGUGAAAAAACCACUUUGGAUAAAUCUGGUUCAAAAUCCGUUGAAUCGGCACAGUCUCGUCCGGAGUCUGUAGUCAGUCACGUGUCAGAAAAAGGGGACGAUAAACUAACGGAGCCACAUGACACUUCCAGACCUUUAUCAGCCGCUAGCGAUAAGUCGCCGUUGGAGGAAAUAUCGGAAACGACGAAAACUGAAGAACCGAUAAAAGAAGAAUCCAAAGAACAAUCGCGACCUGAAUCUGCCGGAAGCAAAGGAACGGAUGAAGCGAAAGCUACAUCAAGACCUGAAUCAGCCGCUAGUCACGUUAGUGAAAAGGAAAUUGCCACCAAAACGAAAAUGGACGUUGCUAAAACUGAUUCGAUUGCAGUCAAACCCGUUUCGGAACAAAAAACAGAGCAAAAAGAAUUGUCGCGUCCUGAGUCAGUAGCAAGUCAUGCCAGUGACAAGGAGAAAUCGGAAUCCACUGUGGGAACUAAAGCCUCGGAGCCGGAAUCGAAGGAAACGGAAAUAUCCAGGCCAGAUUCUGCUACCAGUCACAUCAGUGACGGUGCGAAAAAGGACGAAAAAAUCUCGUCUCGACCGGAAUCAGCCGCGAGUCACAUCAGUGAUAAACUUGUUGAAGACAAGAAAUCAGAGGGAAAAGAUCCACUGGACAAGGAACGGUCAAUGUCGGUAAUCAGUUCUACAAGCGACAAAGCUGCAGUCAGCGAAAAGGAUGCCUCUCGGCCAACAUCAGCUGCAAGUCAUACGAGCGAACAAGGACCUGGUAAGGUUGAAGCUGACAAGGAAAAGACUCCCUCAGCUCCUGAAUCGGAAAAAUCCAAGUCUAGACCAGCAUCGGAAGCCAGUCAUGUGAGUGAAUCAGAAAGCGCUCCGAAAGAAGAUAAACUUUUGUCUCGUCCAGAAUCCGCAGCGAGUCAUGGGAGUGAGAAAGAGAGAAAAACGGACGAAAAGGAACCUUCGCGUUCGGAAUCAGCUGCUAGUCAUGGUAGUGAAAAACCCUCUACUACUGAUAUAAAAUCAACUGAUACAAUUGUCAAUGGAGAAUUCUCUCGCCCCGAAUCUCCCGCAAGUUGUUCCAGUGAUAAAGUGCUCCCUUCCAAGGAACCGGAAUCCAAAAGUGUCGAAAAAGAUUUAGCUCGUCAGGAUUCGGCUGCUAGCUAUCACGGUGAACCAAUACCCGGUGAAAAGACAUUUUCUAGACCCGAAUCUCCAGCAAGCGCUGGUGAGGAAGAACAAGAUAAAUUAGCUCCUUCGUCGGAGAAAAAAUCGGAUGAAGCUGCUGACAAGAAAUCGGAACAAGUUUCUGAUAUAAAAUCAGCAGAAACUGAAAAAUACUGUUCACGUCCGGAAUCUCCAGCUAGCUGUGGCGACGCAUCAGAGCUACCAAAGGCAGCAUCCGAGGAUUCCAGCUUUCCCGAAAAGGAUCUUGCCAGACAAGAUUCCACUGCCAGCUACCAUGGAGAACCAAUACCCAAUGAGAAACAAUUUUCACGCCCAGAUUCGCCAGCAAGUUGCGCAAGUGACGCUGCAGUUCCUCCACAGGGAACGGUUGACUCCAAAGUAACAUCCCGACCGGAGUCUGUAGUCAGUGAAAAGGCUGUCGGAAAGGAUAUCUCCCGACCGGAGUCAGCUGCGAGCCAAAUGAGUGAAAAGGAUGUUGCAGCAUCCAAGUCACCGAUUGCACCCACUACCGAAUCUCCUACCGUGACUCAGCAACAAAAAUUGGUGGAAUCACUUUCACGUCGUGAAUCGGCCACCAAGGAAGAUCGUCCAAGUUCGGCAUUAAGUGACCACGCGGAAGAACAGGAAGAGAAAGUUUACAAGAAGGAAUCUCGAUCUAAAUCCCUCUCAGCCGUGAUGUCGUCCACGACGCAAAAGAUCACAUACGAAGGUAGUGCUCUCGGUGCAUUGGAAGAAUUAGCAUCUUCCCGUGACGAUUUACAUGUUGGAAAGACACCUCGCGAGAGCAUUACUGACAUUGUUAAAGAAAAAGAUCAGAAAAUUGAAUCCUUUACGUUGCCACUGUCUGGGGAAGUCCAGUUUCCGAUUGAAGACAAGCGUACUGUUAGUGAUUUUCCUAUGUACGAAACGACAGAAGAUAGCCCGGAUGGAACUGACCACAUCUUACCUGGCAUGGACCGACUGCUGAAGGAAUCGUGCGAUUCGAUGAAAGAAAUCGAAAAACUUUCAACAAAUGUCAUUUCAAUGAUCAAACAAACGGAGGAAAAAGGAGAACCUAGUAAAGCAGAAGAAAAAACGUCUUCAAUGGCUUUUCCUUUUUUCGAAAGUGGUAAAUCCACCCCGCUUUCCACAGAGAAAGACAAAUCGCAUACAUCCAGUAUUAAGUCCGUUAGUCCACAUGAAAAGGACUCACUCGAAGGAAGUUCGGCUUCGCUCAAUACCUUCAUCGAAAAGGAUAGUCUUUCGGAAAAUACGACGAAACAAGUAACAAUUAAAAUGAGUGCGAUAGAGGAAUCCAAUUUGAAGACUUCUACAACAACCGGUAUAACAACUGGCAAAACUGAAAGCUCUGAUCUAUUGGGAGGAGUGAAAACACCACCCACGGCACCGAUCAGCCCCAAUGUGGUGAAGGAGGAAUUUAGUUUGGACGAAACUACAACAGCAGUAUCGAGUAUCUCGUCCUCCAACCAGAUGGUCAAGCAACACAAGGAAGAUGCAUCUGGUAUUUCAACACCUAAAGAGUCUGUACCGUCUGGAAAGAGCAGCCCAGGAUUGGCAUCCGUUCAAACAGGUAGUACAGAUAGUGCGUCCAAGUCAAUCAACCUCGGCCACAGUUCAGGUAUUGAAACAUCAGACUCAUCUCCAAAGCCAACAUCACCGUUCCCGAAAGUAAUCGAUACACUGAAGACCGACGAAAUUAAGACUAGCUCGGGAAUGAGUACGCCUGAUAUGACCCGUACUUCCACACCGGAUAUGGUGGAUUCACAAAUCGAACGUGUACCGGAUGAAAAAACAAUCUCCAAAACCGCAACGAUUGAUCCUACAACGAUCGGUGAAAUGACCGCGGUAGACAACUCGACAAAGACUGCUGCGGAUACCAAAAAAGAUGACACUAGUAGUGCAGCUGACUCCAUGUCCACUUCCAGUGUCACGACCACAACAACGGCUAAGAUCGUAAAGGAGACUGUAAAAACACCUGGAACUCUCACUCUAACAACAACAGAAGAUCGCAGUUUGACGGAAGAAUACGAUGACAAGGACAUUCUUUCGCCACGAUCGGAUAUAUCUUCCGGCCAAGCCUCGCGCAUUGUAGCCGCAUGGCAUGACGAAGAUGUUCCAGGAUCACCGAUGAGCGUCACUUCACAAGCUCCACAAUCUCCCAGCACGAAGUACACAUAUGACUACGACCUUCAACACUCAAGUUCGGGUGUAAGCAAAAAAUCAGACAUUGAGAUCGAUGACAGUCAGGAUGAGAUUCCUCCGCAGUAUGAUAGUGAAGAAGUUAAAUCUGCCAUUACGAUCGCAUCUGCGUACAAACCGGAUCCAAUGAGUACCUCGUUCUACGGACAACUUCCCGAUGUUUCAGACACAGCCGUUACAAAAUCAGUACCAAUUCCUAUCACCACCUCCGGAAAGGCAUUUUCAAAAACCUAUAUGGAGUAUGCUUCCAGUGGGGACAGCAGUAUAGAUUCUAGCCAACACAAGACGACCAGGGACAGUAAAUACCUCGACGAUGCCGAUCUUGAUUUCGAGAAAACUUUCACCAAAUCCGAUCAAGUAGACUUGAUGACCACAUCGAUGCACUUUUCCAGUGAGAAAGAAUUCAUGGCUGCAACUUCUAUUGCACCAUCGGGUGCCACUACGGUUGCCGAUGGCAGUAAGAAAGAACUAGAUUUUACCGCAAGUGGACUCCCCUCGAGCGUCUCCCCUCAACAAGCACAAACUACUGUAGCGAGUACAACACAAUCCGGUACUAGUACCAGUAGCACCAGUAGCACCGGCCAACCACAACCAAAUAAAGACAAGGAUCCGUUUGCAGUUUGGGGAAAACCGUUGGGACUUCCAUCCCCAGCGCCACUGAAUGAUGACAACAUGAGAACCACGCCCAAGAAGGAACGCCGAAUGAUCAUCAGCAAGACCCGAUUGAACAACGAAAAGAAUCUACGUAAACGGUCCGAAUCGCCGAUCAAGGCAGCGAAAAAACCGGCUCCCGUGUAUGUUGACCUGUCGUACGUACCGCACCACGGCAACUCAUACUACGCUAACGUGGAGUUCUUCAAGAGAGUCCGAGCCCGCUACUACGUAUUCUCCGGAACAGAGCCGAGCCGCGAGGUGUACAACGCCCUACUGGAGGCUAAGCAAACGUGGGAAGAUAAAGAUCUAGAGGUAACUAUCAUUCCAACUUAUGACACCGACGUGCUCGGCUACUGGGUUUCGGAGAACGAGGAUCUACUAGCGAAGUACCAUAUCGACCUCUCACCGUCGGCCGCACGCUGCACGAUCAACCUACAGGAUCAUGAAACGUCAUGUUCGGCCUAUCGACUGGAGUUCUAGGCGACGGGGAUCUUUGUAGCUUUCUCGAAUGACAUCCACACAGUCCACACCCAGUCCCAGUCGGCAUCAUCUUCGCGUAGCACCACCGUGGCGUCCGUUCCCGUAGUAACUGUAGCGGUGGAGACAAGCGAAGUAAAGUUGCCCUAAAUACAACAUUGGUCAAAAGGCCACAUUGACCGGAAAACACCUGCAGGGCAAUGAACAUAAAUUGUAGUAUUUUCGUUCCCAAUCGAUAGGAAUCCUUAGGAUCUCUUGCAAAUAGUGACUAAGUUUCUCCUUCUGGUAGCUGGAAGGAGAGAUUUAGAUUUUUUCUAUGCAUGAAACUAUAUGUUUAUCAACCCAACAUAUUUUUAUUUAUGUUCAGUAUACAGAAACAUAUACUAUUAACAAAUAACCGAUAGUUAGUUUAGUAAUUACAACUAGCCUAAACAAGCAAAUCACCUAGGAGAAGACAAUGAAAAUGAGCUUAAUGAUCACUCUAAGAAUCCGACAAUUGAUAGAGAGAAAUUCUCUAAAAAAGACGAAUCGAAAACAAUGGAAUAUCAUCUCUGAGCAUGAUUGCAACUCGAGUCUUGAAGCAAACAAAGACAAGCCAAACACAUCCAACUAGUCGACCGAAUGAAAGACGUUACAACUGCUACUACUACUACUACUACUUCUACUACUACCACAGCAACAGUACUGUUAGAGUACUGCUACUACAAACAGGAGACAUUUAGGAUAUAAUUCAUACCAGUACCUAUAGAUGCGAAAUCAAGAAUUUUAGUAUUUACUACCGAUUAAUUUGGUUCUCCCUCAGACGCUAGAGCAAGGUAGAUAGUGUUGUGAUAUUGUUUUUAGGGAAAAAAUUGUUAGCCACAGUGUAAAACGAAUUAAAACAUUUCUCAGAUUUCCUAAUUGAGUCGGUAAACACGAGUUCCAACAUUCCAAUUCGUUCGCGUUAAUUACCCAAUUCAAGUUUCUUUCUAAGGCCUACUUAGAUACCACGUGGCCGUAGCUGUUGUCUUGCGUGAGGAACGUGUUUACCGGUCAUGUUCUUUUCACAAAUCAGUACGUUAAAUGAAUGCAAAAACUGGUCUCGCACACAGAACCAUCAUUCGACCGUAUUCCAUGGAAAAAUUCAGCGUUGAGCAGCGAGAUUUCAGGUAACUUCCGUCUAAAGUAUUUAUCAAGUACACAUACACACAGAAGAAACUCACAACCACACGCCAUAUUUUAGAGAGCACUUUAACGUUUUCACAUGUGUGACCCCCGAAACCGACGCCAUUUUGGAGGAAUUUUUACAACAAUCAAUAUAGCAAUUAUUAGCAAACAAAUAGCAGGCUUAUUCAAAAUGAAUAAAAGAAAAUUUAAAUCGCAAAUCUUGCUGCUCGUCGCGAGAGAUUAAUUUUGCACUAGUCUUCUGCCAUUUUUUCUCAAGCGGUCAAUGAUUGGUUUUAAUCACGAAGAACAUUCUUAUUAAACUAUUACACGGAAUAUAAUAAACAAAAUAUAUAUUUACGAUUGUUGAAUCUAUUGACUCGUUGGCCCGAUUAAUGACAAGACGCACGAUAGAAUGAGGACUCGUAUAUUUUUAUAUACACUGAAUAUUCUUACAAAAUGUUCGAGAUGGAGCAGUCCUUCGGAAAACAGGAGCGCGGACUGCGGCAACGGUUAGACUGGAACCUUGGAAGUUGAACAGUUGUUUAUUACAAAGGACUCUUUACUAUCUGCUAAUAAAAAAAUAUUAUGAUAAAGCAACUACAAAAAAAAGCCCUAUUAUAUAAACAAAUAAAUAUUUUCUUUGGAUCGUUUCUCAUUGUUCUGAAACAAAAAAAAAUAAACUUCCUUACCUUGCAUCUUUCAUUAGGGUCAUGUUACGGUACGAAACAAUCUUCAAAACAAAGAUAUGUAUUUACGCAGUGAAAAAUAUAAUAAUUUUACCGGAAUAAGCGGGCUAAGAAACCAAAAAACAACUGAAUUCCCUGUAAAGUAGUAAGACAUCAUUGCUAGAAAACAAGCGAAUGUCCAUAAAAAAUUAUGCGAGACCUUCAAUUGAGGCUUUGCUUGUAUUUCCUGUUUGUUUUUUGACCAUUAUAAUUUAGAGUUCGACUAUUUAGCAUUGGUUCGAUCUGGUAAUAACAUACUUCAAUGCAAGUAAUAAAAAAAUGUUUCUUAGAGUAACAGAACAAUGUUAUCCUUGAUCAAAUAUUACACAACCACACGCAGUUGAUUGCUACUAAAACAAGAAUCUUAGAAGCUAAAAAAUAUUAGUGAUGUUUACGCCUGCUAUUACUAAUACAAGUGUUAAUUAUUAAGACAAAUUCAGUAUAAAAGCAACAAAAAAAAAUAAACAACAAAAUGUCAGCGAAAACUGGGACAGAAAAGUGAUUGUUGAAAGACAUUUGACAAUUUUUUAUACACGAUUUUAAGCUUUUACAGUAGCGCGAUGACGACCACUAUUGAGCAGCAGACACGAACAAAAAAUACGAACAGCGAAAAAUCGAACGCAAAAUGAGUUAUAAAGAUUCAAUGGUGGUAAAACGGCAUAAAUCUAGAAACAGGAAACAAAGUAUUUAUUUCGUUUAAAUCUGAGUAAACAAUACAACAAUUUGUGUUUGGAUCAUCCAGGAUGAUGAACUGUAGAGAAGCUUUUGGCUACGCCUUUUCUUGUUUUGUUAAGGUUGAACGUGAGCAGUGUCAACACGCUUAUAGCGAAAUAAGCACUGUAGAUGUAAUCAAAAUUAUCGAGUCUCGUACAUUGCUUAAACCGACCGAGUAAAUGGACACCAGUAAUAGGAAAAAAAACACACAGUACUUGCUAAGUCAGGUGCUAGCAAAAUGCCGGAAAUGCCUUUUCUAGGAAAAAAAUAUCAAAAACCCUACGGCAGACAGUGUCGCAUAAUACAGAAAUGAAGAAAUGUGAUGAAUAGGAAAACAAAGGAGAUUAACAGUAAAAAUAUGGCUUAAAAUGAAUGCUGCAUAAUGAAAGACUUAUCGGAUUUCGUCUCUUUUCUUAAUGUUUGGUUGUAAAUCAUUUUAUAGUACGCGAAAUAUAUAAAAUAUAGCAGUUUUUCCUAGAUUGCAGGCAUGUAUGCAAUAAGUUUAUUUAUUGUUUGGUUCGAGAAAUGGACUAGGAGAGAAGACUAAAGCGAAAAUGAUAUUAGAUUAAACAAAGUUAUAAGCAACUUUUUUGAAGUAAAAGAAAUAAAAAAUACACACACACA